UGAAACCUGAAAUUGGCCAUUCAUUUUUGAGUUUUGCAGCAUUGCAUUGCAUUGUAACUUACUUCUUUUUUACUUCAGCAAAGUAUUAGUUCGAGCAAGUUAGUUCAUAUUGCAUCAGAGUACCAUCUCCACUGUUCCAGUAGAAGUCGUGAGGAAGAAGAGGCUUUAUGAGUGAUGUAUGCACGGUAAUAAUGCUGACACCGACAACGAGUGCGUGAGAUAAUGUUGUGGAAUGAGGUAUUACAGAGCUGUGUUUAAGCGCAGCCUUAGUUUUUGUGUGAAUGGAGCUUUCGACCGUCCUCUCUCUUUUGGAGUUGUGAUACUCGGGGCGUUGAUAUUGAUAGGGAUCGCCUUAGCAGAUCACCACAUUGGGAGCCAGCACGGCGUUACGACCACAACCCGUCUAUCCAGUGGGGGCCGUCAUUAUAGUUUCCUGCGCAGCGUUCGAAGGCUAAGCAUGAGUGUGGAGUAUGACCGAGAGCAGCUGUCAGCUGAGGCAGGUUUACCUAUAGACGGGGCGGACGAACUCAGUGAGUUUGACAAAGAGCUUCAAGAGCGAUGGAACCAAGCAAUGCACAAGCAGUACUUUCGUUACAAGCUGGGAGAGCUCAAGUAUCGCAAGCUUAACGGCUCGCAGAUGUUUGUGGCAAUGAGCAACCGUUCGCGGGGUGCACUUCGGAGACCCCCUGAGCCGAUGACCAACAUCCACGAACCAUUCGACCCUGACAAGUUUCAUUUUGGCAAGAUCAAGGCAAGGGAGUUGCUGUUGAAAAUGUACCCGAAGUUCCGGUGGCACUCCAAAGACUCACAACCGGACACCGAUGCAAACAACGACAUCAUUAUCAAUGACAGUCCUAUCGAUCAUGGCCAUGUCUUACUUGUGCCACAUCGACUUGCCAUGGAUGGAAGUCCACAGAGUAUAACGGAAUAUGGUCUUCGUUAUGCAGUCGAUCUGUUCUUACUCAGUCGCAGCAGAAAUUGGAUAGUUGUUUUCAAUAGCCUGUGUGCACUAGCAUCUGUGAAUCACCUUCACUUCCAAGCCAUGUAUACAAAGACUAGCAUACCGGUUCAGAACUGGCAUACUGAGCAUUUAGAGAACAGUCUCUAUCGUCUGGAUGACAGAUAUCACAGUUUUGGUUUUCUCGUCAGCUGGCGUGGCAAUUCAGAACAGCUCACACUAGAUGUUCUGCGCGUGGUGAAAGUGCUCAAUGCCAACAGUAUAGCACAUAAUGUGGUCAUGGUGCGUGGCCAGUCAGUGUCCAGUGCACUCUACCCUGGCCUGUUGGUGCCACGAGUCAUCAUCUUCCCUCGCAAGCACUUCCUAGGUGCAAAGCAGCAGAGCAUGCACUUCAAUGUGGCUGCAUUGGAACUAGCUGGAUUGCUGUUACAUUAUGGGUCUGAUGAAGAGUUUGAGUCUCUAACGGAAGAAGCUGCACUGGAAACGCUGAGGGAAGCACGUCUGGACAAGGACGUGCUUGAAAAGUUGACAAUUCAAGUCACCCAAGAAUUUGUUGUGCCAACGGACUCCACAGACAGGUAAUUCUUUUUGUUGUGCCUCCUAAGAAUGUAACUACAUGUAGUACUAGUAGUUGCAGCUAACAGUUAUCUUCCUUAGCCUUAGAUGCCUUAUUUCUGCUACUAUGGAGGCUGUUGAGUACAUUUUUUUCCAGUUCUACUGCUGAGUACUGAAUGUUUCAAGUACACGCAGCUUUGUGCUAUACAGUUCACCGCCAAACGGCUGUCGAUUGCUUCAUGCGUGGAACAUAAAGUGAUAAAAAAGCAUGAAACUAUUGAAUUGAAACUAUUUCCACAGAAUGUUCCACAAAACGAAAUUGAACUAUCCUGCUCAGAUGAAGACUCCUUGAAUGUCUGAUAUAUUUUCUACAUACCUAGGGUGUUUUUAUAUUAGCAAGUGCACGUAUUCCUUUAAAUUUAAAAACUGUUUCUUAAACAAUGUUGUACUCUUGGGUCUGCAAUUUGAUCUAAAUUGGUAGGUGGUAAUUGGUAAUUUGGUCUAAAUAUUGUGUGUUGGUGCUCGACUCUUCUAUCUCAAACUUUUCUUUUAUUAUCUAAGCGUGCUUUGCCAUACUUCCUCUCUCGCUUGCUCGCUGUAGCUUGCAACUGGCAAAAGGUAUUCUAGUUUUCAUUACGA